CUUCUUCUUCACGACGGCGCAGUCCUUCUUCUUCUUUUUCAGUGUGAAUGAUAUUCAGUUUCAGUUCCACAUACAGAUACAGUCUCUUUAGUUUUCCUAUGAUUCUAUCUAUCAGUAUCAGUAUUAUUCAAAAUGCUUCUGAAUUUUAUAAUAAUUUUACAAUUUGUUCAAAUCUGCAUAUAGGACUCUUGUGAACUGGCGAAUAUGGACGACAAGAUCGACGCCGCAGACAAAAAGAAAGCAUGCACUGUGGCACCAGCUCUUGGAUAUGUUAAAUAAGGGCAUCCAAGACUAAGUUAAAAAUGUAGGGACUCCAAGUUAACCCUUGGACCAGCUCUAUUGUUGUGCUGGUUGAUAUUGUAAAAUUGUCACAAAAAAGAGGCAUGAAGGGUAAUCUGGGAGACUGGAAAGAGUUCUUGAACAGCUAUGAUAAAAAGUUUGGGGCAAGUAUGAGUGAUCCAGCAAAGAGGACCCAUGAAGUCUUGGCUGCAUUUCUGAAGACUUUCUCCAUGGAGGAUGAUUUGAAGUUUUUUGGCAACAUCAUGCGACAUCAUUCAAAUCAAUACUCGGUAGAGAAACUGAAAGAUAAAUCUCAUGAUUCACCUGAGCAGGGGCUAGUCCAAAUAACUCUCCAACACCCAUUAUAUCCAUUGGAUUAUUCAUUUCAAUCAAUUGAUGAGAGAUGGGUAAUUAUAAACCUCAGAAAAAAUAAAAAAGUGAUGAGGUCUACUGCAAUGGUUGCUGUUGAUUGUGAAAUGGUUCUCUGUGAAGAUGGGACUGAAGCAUUAGUUGAAGUCUGUGUGGUAGACCACAAUUUAAAGGUCAAGCUACACAAACGUGUAAAACCCGACAAAGCAAUUGUAGACUAUAGAACAGAGGUUACUGGUGUUUCUUCUCGAGAUCUAGAGACAGUUACGUGCACCUUGGCUGAUAUACAGAAAAAGAUGAAGAGGUUGUUAUCAAAUGGAACCAUAUUGGUCGGACACAGUUUAGACAAUGAUCUACGUGUGCUGAAGCUAGAUCAUGUUAGAGUGGUUGACACUGCAUAUAUCUUCCAAUCCUUGGAUGGAUCUAUUCACAGGAAACCUUCUUUGAACGGUUUAUGUCAGGCUGUGUUAGGCUAUGAAGUUCGGGAAAAGGGUGCUCCACAUAAUUGUCUAGAUGAUGCAUGUGCAGCAAUGAAACUUGUUCUUGCAAGGAUCAAGCAUGGCGUCGAUAAAGAAUUUCCAUUUACGUUGGUUCAGGAGCAUGUAAGCUGUCUGGUUUCAGAAAGUGAUAUGACAAAGCUGCUUCUGCACGGGAUACCAACCUCUGUAAACAUUGAAACACUACAUAAAAUUGUUCCUGGAGACUUCACAAUAGAAGUGAAGCCAUCCAGGAAAGGUCAAAGAGCAAAAUAUUCUGCUUUAGCUACCUUUAAGAAUCAACAAGAGGCAUAUGAGGCCUAUGAAAAUGUCCAAGGAAGCCAAACAAAGGAUUCAUUUGGACGUCCACAGAAAGAAGUCAUGUUUCAGCAAAGUACAGGCAUGACUGUGAGUCUAUUUGUUCGGAAAAUGACAGCUGAUGAACCCGAUAACCUGCUUCCAUCUAAGAGAGCUUUGCAAGUGGAUGAGGCAGAUGAGGCAGUUAAUGCUUCCAAAAAAGCAAAAACGGUUCCUCAAAUUGAAGAGGAUGCCCUGAUAGGCUCUACUAAGGGUGACACUUGCACUCACUUGAAAGGGAUUGAAGCCCUGAAUCAACAAUUGAAGCAAAAAGAUUUGGAGAUUGAAUCGUUGAGGGAGCAGUUAAGAAAGAGAGAUUUUGAAGUCUCCAAGCUGCAUAUAAUGAUAUCCUCCUUGAAAAAUCGAACAAACAAAACAGGGAACAAAUUUGCUGCUCUCUAGGAGGAUUGAAUACACAGUACUCCACAUUUACAAAAGUUAUGCCGAGGUUUGGGAGAAACAUGGAGCUUUGGUACAUUUGGUAGUGCUUGUUCUAUUCUGCCAUUCAAAUUUGGAACUAAAAUUUUGUCUCGGAGGGAUGAGCACUUAAAAUGAUGUUAUAAACUAACCAUGAACUUUACACCUGUAACAUCACCCAUUUUUGCAAUUUUGUUAGAUUAGGGUUCUUUCAUAUUGUGGUAUGUAAUUGUUUGAAACAUUUAUUUUAUCUUCUUUCUAGUUCAAACCUGAACUCAUUAAAUAUCAAUGGCAUUGAGGGCUCCCUUUAGGUGUAAGCAUUCAAGUGUUAUCAAAUAGUCAUUCAGAUGAAUUAUGGGCUACUGGUUGAGCUUAUUAGUGCUUAUGAUAUUGGAAAUUUGCUAUUUGAUCU